AUGUACAGCGGGGAUCGUGCGGAGUUGCAGAGGUUGCGUGCGCGUGAGGCUGAGUUAGAAGAGGAGCGAAAAGCCUUGGCGGCCAUGCGUGCAGAACUUGAGUCUCGUAUUGGUGGGAGGAUGAAUGAGAUUCAUGAGAUGGAGGAGAAGGUGAAGGGUAUGUGGGAAUUAGAGGAUGUGAACGCAAAACUACGGGAAGAGUUGGACGAGCUUCGGGAGGUUCAUGAGCAACAAUGUGAGAAGGCAGAGGAAAAGCUGCGGAACGCAAUGUGGGAGUUGACUGAGACGCAGCGCAAGGUGCAGAAGUUCGCCAUGGAGGUACGCAACCGUUCAAAUUCCAUCAGUAUAUGCAUUGACUCCAAACCCUCCGCUUCCGGGGCCAGUGGAGGUGAUGGAAAGAGCUCGGAUGGAAAGGCGAGUGGUAGUGACCCAAGUGGGCAACAGAGCGGAUUUUCAAUAGAAGCGGAGCUGUGCGAGGCGUGGAAUUGUGUAGACAAGUUAUGUGUUGCUUGUUUAGAGGCACGUGUGGCAUUGGAGGCUAAGCAGCAGCGUCGGGUGGCGUCGGCGGAAGGGAGGGCCGCAACUAAAGUCAAUGCGGUAAUGGAAUUGCUGCCGGCGCUUAUGGCAGAGCUGGAAGACGCCCGUCGACAGACGCUUAGUGAAGGGGAGCGCAUGGAACGUCAGGCUAUUUGCGGGAGUUGGGGCGAUAUGUCAGCGAGGGCAGUGGAGAACUGCCGCUUGUCUCAUGAAAGGUUAGCAGCGGAGGAGGGGCGAUAUCGCAUUGCAUUUGAAUGUUCUGAGUGGCAGGAGCGCUGCCAGAUCUGCGAAGCGGCAGCUAUGUCAUCCUUUCGUUACUUGGCGGGUGCUCAGGAUCAAUUGAAGGCAACUCGUAUCGCUGACGACGCUCAGCAGAAACAGCACGACAUGGAGCUGAAUCGACUCCGCGCGCAGAUGAAAGAGGCAGAAGAUAUGUGGAACCGUGAGGUAAACGCGCGUCAGCGUGCACAUGAGUGUGCUUUACUUGAGCAACAGAAGUGGCACGACUUGGCGAUGAGGGAGGCACAAAAUCGUCUCAUGAAGGAAUGGGAGGCCGAGAAGGAAUCCUUUCAACAGCGUAUAAAUGCCUUAGAUGAGGAAAGGUCUCACCAUGCAUUUUCCGUACUUUCUGAGGCGCAAAAGCGCGAGGAAGAGCUGCGCAAGGCUGCUGUGGAAAUGCGUGAGGCGUUUGAAAAAAGUAUUGCUGCGGCUUUGGAAACUAGUAGCGCAAUGCUCGAACGUUACGAGUUUGAGACACGAGCAGGGCUCCUCAAGCUAGAACAUGCGGAGCGCAGUAUGUUGCGUGAUCAGGAGCGUGAGGAUCGCGAGUCCAAGUGCACAUCCACUCAGCACCUUAACAUCCACCGAACAACGAUAGAAUUUUCGGCGGAUAUCCUGAAUGCUGCCGCGGAUUUCCGGUUAGACUUUCCAUCAAUGAUGCUAGAGAGGACGAAAAUUGUUGUGGACAAUAUGAAAGUCCUGCACGAUCAGCGACUACGUGAGGUGCGGCGCCGGUAUGACAACGAGAUGCGUGUUGCCGCUUCUGUGCCGCGAGAGCUUGCGAAGAAGCUUGAGCAGGAGUUAGAGGAAACAAAAUGUUCCCUGCGGCAGGCUGCGGCAACGAGUGAGCAUUGUGAGGAUGAGAAUCGGCGGCUGACUGAGCAAAUUCGCUCUCUACAGACGCAAUUUGAUGAACGGCCAGUCGCGCAAGAGAUCCGUGUGGAUGUGAAGAAUUCCCUCUUGACAGCCAUGCAUCGUCUCAUUGUAGCAGAGGAGGCAACUGAGUGUAUUUUCUCCUGUGGGUUAUGCAUGCAGCCGCUGAAAUCCCCACUUACAUGUGUGCCAUGCGGUCACACGUUCUGUGAAGAGUGCCUGUUGAAGCACCCUCGCAACAUUACUAGCCUGCAAGCUGCGUCACAAAUGGAUAGCAACAAGAGGGCACAUCUCAAGGCUGGAAGUCCAUUAGAUGACAGCAUGCCCGGAAAUAAGUCCCGCAACCCCGUGCCAUUAAUUGUGCGGUACUGCCCAGAUUGUGCGCCCAUGAACUGCAGCUCCGCUGUGCGUGUUCAGGUUCUAGACUCCCUCUCUGGAAAUCUCCGGUACCGAAAGGGGGAUAUUGGUUUCUUACGGUCUGUCAUGGCGGAAGUAGAGAAGUCGUGA